AUGGAUCGCCCUGAGCCCGGACUGGUCAAGUGGUCUCCGAACCCCGACCACGAGAGCUUCAUCCACAUAAACCUUCAGCAUCGAGUCGUCCAGCUCUAUAAGCCAACGGGCCACGCACGCCAUGGUCGGUUCGACUAUGAGCGACUCUCCAAGCACGAUGACUUUCCAACACUCACAACCUUUGACUGGUCUCCUACCACUCCCGGUCUGCUGGCCGUGGGGACUGGCACGGGAAUUGUCAAUCUGCUAAGGAUAGAUGACAAUUCUAAUGCCUACAUCGAGCUCGGUCUCAAGAUGACCCGAACCUGUCAGGCCGUCGCCUUCAACACCCAAGGUCUUCUAGCUGUCGGGUUGGACCGAGUGCGCAUGGAUCAGUGUCUUCAUAUAUGGGACGUUAAUCGGCUAUCAUCACUUCCGCAGACUUUCUCCGGAUUUCCCCAGGACUUUUCUCCCUUUGCUGAAUCGGUGACGCGCUUGGAGCCGAGUGUUUCCGUAUCGAGUAUUAGGUUCUUUGAGGACAGUCCCCAAACUCUUGUCGUGGGUAUUAAGGCCCAAGGUUUGCGCAUACACGAUCUUCGAGACCCGACUAGCGUUGUAAACUUUCAAACAAGAUGCAAUAACAACCUCUGCAUCGACUAUGCCGACCAAAACUAUUUCACGUCGUCGGCUCUAGAUCACCCCGGUGUCAUGAUUUGGGACCGCCGCGCUACAUCUCGCGCAGUCGCAUCUCCAUCCUACCUUCAGGCGAUCGACGAAGAUGAGAUCCCCUGGGGCAGCGCCCUGCGGCUAUCCCAAGUCAUAGAGAUGGAGGCUCAGCCGUCGUUAAGCGACAGCAAGCAUUCGUUUAUCCGAUCGCUGCGAUACUGCCGUGACCAACGAGGACUCCUUGCCGUGCUAACUCGUACCGGGCAGCUCAAGGUUCUCAACACCAAGAAGGAGCUGGCCACUCCUGACUCAGAAUUUGGAAGUAGCCCCGAACUUUUGUCCCUUAACAAGUCUCAUGAACUGGACGUGUUGAAUUCCUCGUCCGCGAGGAAGAGCGACCGCAUCGUUUCUUGUGACUGGAUAACGGUUGGAUCCCCUGUCCUGAGGCCUAGGUUGCUUGUUCUGCGGGCGAACGGUUCCUUUGACAUCCUCGAGCAACCAUCGUAUACUUCCGACUACGUGUACAAGUUGACGCCUUGGCAAGCUCCUCACCGCGGCCUUCAAGACGGAGGUCCAUAUAUGGACUUGAUGCACUUCGAACCGUCACAAGCUCCCGAUAUCCUCGGCCCUCUCUUAGUAGAUCAAGCUCUGAGUGACGUUCCAAUAUUCGGGGAUGAUCGAGUAGACAUUGCCUCUGUUGUCGAGGAAUCCACCAACUACUCGCAACUCCCAGGCCUCGUUGAAGACUUGAACGCUCAAAAAGCCUCUCUCCCCGACUCAUUGACAAAAGCAUCUACUACUGCCGAGAAACUUCGCGCGCUGCGUGCCUAUAUCAAAGAGACCGCUCCUAAACCUGAGCCGAAGAAAUCGACCGACCGCUUGGCUGAUGCGACAGCCGACCUGUCGCUUUCGGUCACUGGCCCUCCUACUAACCGCGAACUGCACGAUGAGCUUCUAUCCACACUCAUCGAGGCAAAGGGAUUGCCUUCAGAGGCUCGAGCUGUGGUUGACCAUGUCAUGCUCCUCCGCGCGAAGGAGAAGUAUCUGUUUAAUACCACCAUCAAUAGAGCUGUCGUAGAUGAUGAUCUGUGGGUUCGGUCCCUUUGGCUUUGGAUAUCUGAUGCGGAGGCGGCUGCUGAGGAUGGAGGGAUGGUGGCCAGUCCCCUAGACCUUAGUUAUCUUGGCGUGGCCACCGUAUGGAUGAAUGAUCUUGGCCAGAAGCCCUCGCUAAGACUACUCGACGGCGCGAAACCCCCCGACGGCGGCGGUUGGGAGAAUUGCAUCGGUGCUGUCUGCCAGAGGCGACGCGUCCCCGAGUUCGAAGGUGUCAAGACAAAGAGGCCGUUCCAUAGGCAGCUUUGCCUAGACAUUUGCUCCUGGGGCAUGUACGAGGACGAUGAAAACGGCAACCUCAUGGAGCCGGCGCCCGAGUACCCCACCACGGUACACACGAUGGCGACGGCCAAGGCGCUGUUCAGGGGAAACACGCAGCAGGCCAUCCGGAUCCUGAAAAAGGCCAGCGGCACCCACCCGGAGCUCCUCUUCGUCUCCCUGGCCCUCCAACUCGUCGGGAAAGGCGGGGACCGCGAGCUCGCCAAGGAACACCUCGACUUCGACGAGGCCGUCGCGUCCAAGACGGACCCUUACCUGCGCGCCAUAUCGUCGCUCAUCGCCACGGGCGACUGGGCCGCCAUCGCCAACCAGAAAUCUUUACCUCUGGCCGAUAGAGCCUACGUGGCCGUGCGGAACCUGCCCGACGACGAGCUCACCGAAUGGCUGGCGGAGCAGGUCGACACGGCCGUAGAGGGCGGCGACGUUGAGGCUAUCGUGCUCACGGGCAUCACGGAGCGCCUCGUCGACGUGUUUGCCAAGUUUAUCGAGAAGUUUAAUGAUUUUCAGACGGCGACGUUGGUCAUGUCCAUCUGCGCUCCGCGCUAUAUCGACGACUAUCGGUGUCUUGCGUGGCGGAAUGCGUAUCGCGCGUACCUCCAGCGGCAUAAAGCCUUUUUGGAGCGUACGAAAUUCGAGGUCGAGAGCACGAAGCGGAGCAAGCGCCACGGAAGACCAACCGUCAAGCCUCCCUCUCGCCAAAUCGCCCUGCGCUGCGUAUACUGCGACGCAGAAACAAGUCUAGCCCGCCUCGACGCCCCCCACCAACAUCUCCAACUCCAACAACAAUCCUCUACCACCUCCUCCACCGAGCAACAGCAGCAAGUCGUCCAACAACAGCUACGAAACCCCCUAAUGGCCACAAGCGUAAACGCAGGCGUAAGCUGCCCCAACUGCGGCCGCCACCUGCCCCGGUGCGUCGUCUGCCUCGAGGUCGUAGGCGUGCCGCGCUCGGACCGGCCCGAGAUGAACCCGGAUAGCGAGGUGAGGCUGGCGGCGCGGUUUCCGACGUUCUGUUUGCGGGCGAAUCCGGAGUUGAAUUAUCGGUAG